GUGACAGUUCAUGUAAGUGCGGAAGUGAGGUUAUGAUAUCAAAAGAAUUCAUGGCAUUGAGCGGCAAAAUUCUUCAAAUAUCUUCUUAUACGAUUUCAGCUGUGUGGAAAGGUUUCAGUACAAUGGCUUCUAAUACUAAGAACGCACGUUUGUCCAAAGUUAUUGGAACCCAUAGUGGAGUUUUUCAUUGUGAUGAAGCCCUAGCAUGCUUCAUGCUCAAGCAGCUGCCCGAAUACUCUGAUGCCAAGAUUAUAAGGUCUCGCGAUCUCAAUAUUUUAGAGAAAUGUGAUAUAGUAGUUGAUGUAGGUGGAGAAUAUAAUCCGAAAACCCAUCAGUAUGAUCAUCACCAAAGGAGUUUCACACAUACAAUUAGCACUGUUAGACCUGAUCUGAUCAAGAAUAAAUUUGUCAAAUUGAGCUCGGCUGGUUUGAUUUAUGCCCAUUUUGGCUUGGAAGUCUUAGCGAAUCUACUAGGAACACAUAAAAUAGCUGCAACUAGUGAAUGUUUGAGGUGUCUCUAUGUUUUCAUUUACGAGGGAUUUGUUGAAGAAAUAGAUGCAAUCGAUAAUGGUGUACCGAUGUAUUCUGAGGGUAAAGCAAGUUAUAAAAUAAGUACGCACCUAAGUGCACGAGUUGGUAGACUAAACCCAAAAUGGAAUGAACCUCAAGAUGAAUCAACUGACGAGAUUUUCUUUCAAGCAGUAGAUUUGGUUGGGAAAGAGUUCACAGAAAGAGUUUUAGAGGCUGCCACAGUUUGGUGGCCUGGCAGAGAAAUUGUUAGGAAAGCCAUCGAAAAUAGACAUGAAAUCGAUCAAAGUGGUCAAAUAAUUUUAAUGGAAGAAAGAUGCCCUUGGAAGGACCAUUUGGCAGUACUAGAAGAAGAAAUGGGAAUAUCUGAAGAAAUAAAGUUUGUUAUUUUUCAUGACAGAGGAGGCUCAUGGAGGGUUCAAGCGGUUCCAAUUCAACCAGACAGUUUUGUAUGCAGGGUGUUUCUGCAUAAAGACUGGAGGGGCGUUAGAGACGAAGAAAUGAGUAAAGUGGCUGGAAUUGAAGGUUGCAUAUUUUGUCAUGCAACGGGAUUCAUUGGAGGAAACAAAACCAAACAAGGUGCUCUACAAAUGGCUCUCAAAAGUUUAUCAGCAUCUAUUUCAGAUAGGGAAUAGAUAAGUCAUUAGUACAUUUUUUCAUAUAACUGGAUUAAUUAGAAGAAACGAAAUCAGAACAAGAUGAUCCAGUCUGUAAAUGAUCGUCUUAAUUUCAAUUCAUUUCAGAUAGGGAGUAGAUCUCACUAUUUGAAUUUAAGUAUGUGUAGUGUUAGGUUAGGUUGAAAAGUGAAUAAUGUAUUUCAGAGUUCUGUGUUUCUAGUAGCAUUUCAAAUAUCAUCAGAUUGAUGACGUCUAUUGGUUAUAAGGAGGUUAAAACAAACUGCUUCUUUUGCUGGGUUGAUUGAAGCUGUAUUUUAUUUUAAAAAGAAAUUAAAUAUGAAACGAAAGUAUCAUUACCUUACAAAUCUAAUUUCUAUAAUACUGUAAACUGUAAACACUAUUUAUUUCUAAAGUAUACACAUAUGUUCUAUAAUUUAAUUUAUUAUAAGAUACAAAUAUGAUUGAAACUUUGUUUUAAACUAAUCAUUUUAUGAAUUAUAUAAUUUAAAAAGAUCAGACUACAUUGUAAUAGAAAACUAUCAUAUCAUACUUUUUGAAGGACAUACAAUACAUAUAGAGCUCAAAUCAGAUUCAAGGAUUGAAGUUAUCAAAAAUAAUAUACAAGAUUCAGAUAUUGAUGCAUUGCAUUUUUUUGAAAUAUACAGACUUCAAAAAAAUUAAAUUAUUUGAAUUCUUUUGAAAAAUGUUAGAUUGUAUGUACCUAAUAUUUCAAAAGUAAUGUAAAAAUAAUAUCAAAAGGCUGAUCUAUCCAUUCGUCACCAUUUUCAAUGAAAGUAAAUUAGAAGAGUUUGUUUUGUUUUGAAGAUAUUUCGAAUAAUAAUUUCACCACAAUAAGAGUCAGAGUCAGAAAUGCUUUAUUGUUAUAAAAGUUUUGGUGUUGUUUAAGAACUAAAAUAGUCUGAAACAUUAAAAUAAAGGUCAAGAAUUAAAACAAUAUAUUAAUAUGGCUCAAGCACACUUCAAAAAGUCUAUGGAAAAAGUCUGUGAUAAUUUUUUUUUAUAAGUUUCAAUUAUAAGUUGCGAAGUCAUCUGAAAGAAAUUCCCCAAUACUAUAAUAAGCUUUAUCUGGCAGAAGUUUUUUUACUCUUUUUCAAAACUGUUUGUAGCAGGUUAACUUUCUGAUUGAUAAAUUUGAUAGACCUGCCAAACCAAUUUCGAGCAAUUUAAAUACUUAAAUAAAAAUAUGCAUACAAAAAAACCGUUAAUAGCCCUGUAAUUAUACACAGACGUCAGUUAUAUUAACACUUUAUGAGAAAACAUAAAAAACAUACAUUAGAUAACAAAAAAUUUAAUGUAACCCAGUAUCGUUAUUGAGCUGUGCUCCGUUCAAGAAAUUUAUAAACUUUUCACUUUUAAUAACUACAUCUUUCAGAGAACUUCUUUUGAAAAUCCAUCUAGGUUUAGUUCCUUUCACUUGUUUGCAUUCUGUUACUAGGUAGAUAGGUAGGUGCAGAGUGAGUGGGUCUCUUCGACCCUCCAUUAGGAGGGUCGAAGGAUUAAUUGUGGCUAACACCUAUUCAGAAUCAACAAAUAAAUUCAGCUUUUCAACGAA